AUGAAGGCUGCAGCAUUCAUUGCGGCCUUGGUGCCUGCGACUGCUGCAUUGUAUGUCAAUGGCUCCGUCACUGCACCUUGCGAAUCGCCGCUGUACUGCCAAGGCGAGAUCUUGAGAGAGAUUCAACUGGCAGGCGCAUUCGAGGACAGCAAGACCUAUGUCGAUCUGCCCACCAUUCGCCCACUGGAGGAGGUCAUCGCAGCCUUCAACAAUCUCACCAAGCCGCUGACAAACAACACUGAACUGAACGACUUCCUCUCAGAGUACUUUGGCGAAGCUGGCAGUGAACUUGGCGAGGUGAAUCCCGAUGACUUGACGACCAAUGCGACAUUCCUGGAGAAUGUGACCAAUCCCGACAUUCGCCACUUUCUGCACCAAGUCAUUGACAUUUGGCCGGAGUUGACCCGAGAGUAUGUCGGGAGUGCAAACUGCACUGGAUGCGUGAGCUCCUUCAUUCCACUGAACCGCACGUUCGUGGUGGCAGGAGGCAGAUUCCGCGAGCCGUAUUAUUGGGACUCGUACUGGAUUCUGGUCGGUCUGCUUAGAACUCAAGGCUCCUUCACGGAGAUCGCACUUAACAUCAUUGAGAACUUUGUGGAUUUGGUCGAUCGAUUCGGCUUCGUGCCAAAUGGUGCCAGACAGUACUACCUGAACCGCAGCCAGCCUCCCGUCUUGACGCUGAUGGUGCAGGCAUAUGUGAAGUACACUAACGAUACAUCGAUCCUGGAGCGUGUUCUACCAACGCUGGAGAAGGAACACGAGUUCUGGGUUGUGAACCGAACAGUGGAAGUCGACAUCAAUGGAACGACGUACGAGCUCAAUCACUACGCUGUGGAGAACAACCAGCCUCGACCGGAGAGCUACAUCGAGGACUACCACACCGCGACUAACGCGUCGUACUACGCAGAAUCUGGCAUCAUCUAUCCGGCGACGGAGCUGAAUGAAUCGCAGAUCGCGCAACUUUACAGCGACUUGGCCAGCGGUGCUGAGAGUGGUUGGGAUUACACGUCAAGGUGGAUUGGCAAUCCACAGGACGCCAUCGAUGAUGUUUAUUUCCCUCUGCGCAGUUUGAACACCGCCAACAUUGUGCCAGUCGACCUGAACAGCAUCUUGUACGCCAACGAAGCAGCUCUGUCUGAAUUGUACAACCUGACUGGCAACGCAUCCGCCGCCGAAGCCUGGGCCGAGGUUGCCGCGAACAGAAGUGACGCCAUGACUGCUGUGCUGUGGGAUCAAGAACAGUGGGGCUACUUCGACUACAACUUGACCUCAUCCAGUCGGCAGAUUUACAUUCCAGCUGAUGAGAACGCCGCUCAAAGCGAGACGCAAGGCGCUCCUCUUGGUCAGCAAAUCUUUACACACAUCGCUCAAUUCUACCCUUACUGGACUGGAGCUGCACCGGCGUGGAUCAAGCAGAAUCCUUCAGCCAUUCUGAGAGCUUACGAAAGGAUCGAGACCGAGCUCGAGCGCUUCUCUGGUGUUCCCGGUGCGACCAACUUGGAGACCGGGGAACAGUGGGAUGAGCCCAAUGUCUGGCCUCCACUCACGUAUAUACUGAUUGACGGCCUUCUAAAUACUCCCGCUACCUUCGGAGAGGAAGACCCAAGCUACAACAGGACACAAGAGCUGGCCUUUGAGAUUGCGCAAAGAUACCUUGAUUCAGCUUUCUGUACAUGGCGCACUACUGGUGGUGCGACAGCGAACCUGCCUAAAUUGGAGUCUGUAGAUCCAGAGGACGACUACGACGGUGCUAUAUUCGAGAAAUACAACAGCACUGAUAUCACCGCAUUCGGUGGCGGAGGAGAAUAUGAGGUUCAGCUUGGCUUUGGCUGGUCCAAUGGCGUUCUGAUCUGGGUCGGAGACCUUUUCGGUGAUCGUCUGGAGCUUCCCGCUUGUGAGCAGGUACUGGAAGAAGGUGGGGAUGCGAGUGAUGGCGGGAAUAGCAGGAAGAUUAAGAAGAGGGAUGCGAAGUGGCGAUCGAAGGGACAUUGA